CAGUUCACCCCUAUGCUGAACAACCUUUCUCUCUGUUAGCCUUCAAAUUGCAGGAGUUUUUUUUUAUUUUUUAAGUCACUGUCUUUUCCUCGAUCCGCGUCUAUGUGGCGCUGCAUUUCGCUCGUUUGCCUGUUUUCUUGUCGCGUAUAACGACUUUUCGCUGUUGAGCUUAGAAAACCACUGCGCUGCCAGCCUCCUCAAUAUUUCAAGCUCCUCAUAGCUAUUUUAAACCUCAAAAGAUACCUAGAAGUCAAGUUCGACGAUAGUCAUUGCAAUGGCCAACAACCCUCCUCCUUUUACUGACCCUUUCGGGAAUCCUAUAACACCACCCGUCGAUUCUAAUGGCAAUCUUUUGUACCCCCUUGUCGGACCCUUUGGCCCCAAUCCGUACCCUAAUAACCCUUGGUACCAAUAUAAUGAUCCAUCAUCACAAAUGCAAGUUCAACAGCAGCAAGGUCAACAAGCUCAACUUCAGCAGCUAGUGGCUCCGCAAGCAGGUUGGCUACCACCAGGUCCAUACACUGUCACUUCCACAGGCCUGCCUGCUUAUUUUGGCGAUGCAGAAGGAUAUCACCCUACUGUUGACGAAACACACCCGGCAAGGGGCGCUUUCUACUACGUCAACGAUGGACCUCAAAUCCUGAACGAGCCUGAUAAAUUUUAUAGGAUGCGCAUACGACUUGCAAACACUAGAAUGCAGAUCGAGCGCAGGCCAAUUCCGCAACCUCCAAGAAUCAAAAAACAAACCGAUGAGUGGAGAGCGGCCCGCGAAGUCCUCGAGGCGAAGAUUUUGUCUGAUACCAAGGAGCAUAGAGAGAAGCUCACUUUCGGUCACCCAAACUAUGAUCCCCUCUAUGAGAUUGACUGGGACGCGGACAAGCGAUUGAGGCAAGCCAGAAAUGCGGCCCGGAGACAACAAGCACUUGAAGAGGUUAGGGCGCAUUUGUCGGCAGCUGGUUACGACAAAGUGCCAACCCCAGAUCCAGCCGAUGAUAGUGGAGAUGAUCUAUACGACCUCAGUAAAGAAGGGCUCCCUAUGAAGAUCAAGUUUCGGAGAACGCCUUUGUAUAAAAACGUACAACCAUGGGCUCGUUUAGGCUUUCAGGGAGAACCUAUUCAAAUGACGUACGCGUCAAAUUACUCAGACGUAGCUAAGUCGCGUGUACCAGCUGAACAGAAGGGUGGCAACAUUGUCCCAGUUAUCUUGGCUUCUGCCAGACGAGGCCCCCGGAGAAAAACACCAGCGUUAUGGCCCUCGCUAACCACUUGUAAUCGUUGUGCCAGGAGCAGAAAGGGAGAACUUCCGAAGUGCGACAUGAAAGCGUUCGGAAUCCCUUGCAGAAACUGCCGGAACGCACGAGCAGAAUGCGUGCCUGCCAGUGUCAAGAAAAAGCCCAAUGGAUAUGCGGCAGCAUAUCCAAAUGGUCACGAAGCCGAUUUUCCAGAUUGGUAUCGAGAUCGGGAGACAACUUUUGGAAGAAGGAUACUGAACUACGGAAGGUCGAUUGCUCCCGAUGGUAGCAAAAGGUCGAGAUCGGCCAGUCCCAGAAGACGGUCAGCAGAGGUAGCAGGAAGUACGGCUAACCCGGCCAGCCCAAGCCGUGUUUACAAUGUCAAAUGUAUACACCUAGACUCAAAUGCAACAAUGCUCGGCCUUGUGCGAAUUGCAUCAAUUACUCACGUCAAUGCCAAGAAUGGGAAUAUGAUUCUGAAGGCAGGGUGCAGAUUAUACAGAAGCCUAAUCUGUCAUACGGUCCAGAUGAAGGCGGAGUACGCGCAGAGCAUCCGAACGAAGUCUUUAACGGCUUCAUGACCAGCCGUGUGUUGGAAACAGUAGCUCCCCAGUAUAUGCAAGCUUUCAAUACGUCUUUCCAAAGCACGUCUUACCAAGGCUAUAAUAAGGGCAACUCUGCGCCAUUGACUCACAUGGGCAUGUCUGGCUAUGGGCCUAGCACAAGCUCUGGGAAUUCUGGAAAUUCCGGAAAUGGGUAUCUUCCGAAUGCUGGUCAACUCCAAUCUUCUCGCCAGGUUGUGGAAGAAAGUUACGAUGUGGAUGACACGCCCUUCGAG